GAAGUGGUGUUUUGUUUAGCAGGUGUCAGUGGUGAAGUUGGUAUAAAGCUCGGCUGAGCUCCACCACACAGAACCAGUAUCCCUCCAUUAAAGCGGACAGCCAGCGGCGCAUUGUCUCCCACUGACCCCAGCAGUUGAGAACCUUUGGGGAAGCCCCCCCCCCCUCCAGUGGCCAACAUGGGGGACGAUAGCGAGUGGAUGAAGCUUCCCACCGACCAGAAAUGUGAACACAAGGUGUGGAAAGCCCGUCUGAGCGGUUAUGAAGAAGCUGUGAAGUUGUUUCAGAAGAUAACGGAUGAGAAGAGUCCAGAGUGGGGGAAGUACCUCGGACUCUUGAAGAAGUUUGUCACAGACUCCAACGCUGUGGCUCAGCUCAAAGGCCUUGAGGCGGCCCUGGUCUUCGUCGAGAACGCUCAUGUAGCCACCAAGACGACCGGUGAGGUGGUGUCGGGCGUGGUGACCAAAGUGUUCAACCAGCCAAAGGCCCGGGCCAAGGAGCUGGGCGCCGACAUCUGUAUGAUGUACAUCGAGAUCGAGAAGGUCGAGGUGGUUCAGGACGAGCUGCUGAAGGGACUGGACAACAAGAACCCCAAGAUAGUGGUGACCUGCAUGGAUACUCUCAGGAGGGCUCUCAGUGAGUAUGGAUCCAAGAUUGUGACGCUGAAACCAAUAGUGAAGAUUUUGCCGAAGCAGUUUGAGUCCAGAGAGAAGGCGGUGAGAGACGAAGCUAAGCUGCUCGCUGUGGAGAUCUACAGAUGGAUCAGAGAUGCUAUUCGACCUUCACUGCAGACCAUCAACUCUGUACAGCUGAAGGACCUGGAGGAGGAGUGGGUGAAGCUCCCUUCUGCUCCCGCCAAGCAAACGAGGUUCUUGCGCUCGCAGCAGGACCUGAAAGCAAAGUUUAUGAACCAAAGCGCUGAAGGAGGAGCAGAUUCUGAUGGAGAUGAUGAAGAAGACGCUGUGGUAGCAGUGGAUCCGUAUGAGCUGCUGGAAGCUGUGGAUAUUCUGGCCAAGAUUCCUAAAGACUUCUACGACAAAAUUGAAGCUAAAAAGUGGCAGGAAAGGAAGGAAGCUCUGGAGGCUGUAGAGCUUCUGGCCAAGAAGCCCAAACUGGAGAAUGGAGACUAUGGAGACCUCGUCCGAGCACUGAAGAAGGUUGUGGGAAAAGAUGCCAACGUGAUGCUGGUGACGCUGGCAGCAAAAUGUCUGACCGGCCUCGCCACUGGUCUCAGGAAGAAAUUUGGAACAUAUGCCGGACAAGUGGUUCCAACUAUUCUGGAGAAGUUCAAGGAGAAGAAGCCUCAGGUCGUCUUGGCCCUGCAAGAAGCUAUUGAUGCCAUCUUCCUCACUACCACUCUACAGAACCUUUCUGAGGACAUCCUCUCUGUGAUGGACAACAAGAAUCCCUCCAUCAAGCAGCAGGCCUCCCUGUAUCUAGCCCGCUCCUUCAGACACUGCACACAGGCCACUCUGCCCAAGAGCGUCCUCAAACCCUUCUGUGCUGCUCUCGUCAAGCAAGUGAACGACUCGGCUCCAGAGGUGCGUGACGCUGCGUUUGACGCUCUGGGGACGGCCAUGAAGGUGGCUGGAGAGAAGGCUGUGAACCCUUUCUUAGCCGACUUGGAUAAACUCAAACUGGACAGGAUAAAGGAGAGUUCUGAUAAGGUGGAGCUCCCUGGAGGUAAAAAAGGAGGAGGAGGAGGCGGAGCCGGGGACAAGAAAGCUGCUGCUAAAGCCCCCCCCAUUGCUGAAGCUCCUGCAAAAUCCUCCGCCCCACCCAGGAAGAACCCAUCCGCUGCUGCCAGCAAGACGGCAUCAGGUCCACCUAAGAAAAGCAAACCCGCCUCUGCAGCCGGAGGAAAAGCCAAGAAGACGUCUGACAACAAAGAAGUGAUCGAGACCGAACUGUCGAUCGAGGCGUGCGAGGACCUGGCAGGAGGAGUACUUCCUGCUUCCUGUCUGCAGCAGCUGGACUCGGCCAACUGGAAGGAGAGACUGGCGAGUAUGGAGGAAUUCCAACGGGCCGUUGAGACCAUGGAUAAGGGGCAGAUGCCCUGUCAGGCUUUGGUCAGGAUGUUGGCCAAGAAACCAGGUUGGAAGGAGACUAACUUUCAGGUGAUGCAGAUGAAGCUGCGCAUUGUGACUCUUAUUGCUCAGAAAGGACAGUUUUCAAAGACGUCGGCCUCCGUGGUUUUAGACGGCUUGGUAGACAAAGUCUCAGAUGUCAAAUGUGGUGGAAUCGCCAAAGAGGGCCUGACGGCGAUCGGGGAGGCCUGCUCGCUGCCCUGGACUGCAGAACAGGUUGUCUCAAUUGCAUUUGGACAGAAGAACCCAAAGAACCAGGCGGAGACUCUCAACUGGCUGGCGAACGCCAUGAAGGAGUUCGGCUUUGCUGGGAUCAAUGUGAAAGGUUUCAUCAACAACGUGAAGACUGCUCUGGGAGCGACCAACCCCGCCAUCCGGACAGCAGCCAUCACCCUGCUGGGAGUCAUGCACCUCUACAUGGGAGCUCCUCUGAGAAUGUUCUUUGAAGACGAGAAGCCGGCUCUCCUCGCACAGAUCGAUGCAGAGUUUGAAAAGAUGAAGGGCCAGUCUCCUCCAGCUCCAACCAGAUUCAACAAGAGGGCGGCAGCGGAGGAGGCGGGUGAUGACGGAGAGGAGCAGGAUGAGGAGGGAGGAGCAGCAGCAGGAGGACAGGACAUCAUGGACCUGCUGCCCAGGACAGAUAUCAGUGACAAGAUCACGUCCGACCUGGUGUCUAAAAUCGGUGAUAAGAACUGGAAGAUCAGGAAGGAGGGGCUGGACGAGGCAGCAGCCAUCCUAUCAGAGGCCAAGUUCGUCACAACAAACAUCGGGGAGCUGCCUCUGACCCUGAAGGAACGACUCGGAGAUUCCAACAAGAUCCUGGUCCAACAGACUCUGACCAUCCUGCAGCAGCUGGCUAUAGCCAUGGGACCUGGACUCAAGCAGCAUGUCAAAGCACUGGGAAUCCCCAUCAUCACUGUACUGGGAGACAGCAAGUCUAAUGUGAGGGCAGCAGCCAUGACUACUCUUCAGGCGUGGGUGGAGCAGACGGGGAUGAAGGACUGGCUGGAGGGAGAAGACCUGUCAGAGGAGCUGAAGAGGGAGAAUCCCUUUUUGCGACAGGAGGUGCUCGGCUGGUUAGCGGAGAAGCUGCCCACCCUGAGGACGGUGCCUGGGGAUCUGAUGCUGUGUGUCCCUCAGCUCUACGCCUGCCUGGAGGACAGAAACGGAGACGUGAGGAAGAGGGCUCAGGACGCGCUGCCCACCUUCAUGAUGCACCUGGGCUUUGAGAAAAUGACCAAGGCGGCUGGAAAACUCAAAACGUCCUCUAAGGAUCAGGUGGUAGCCAUGUUGGAAAAGGCCAGGGCAGUGAUGCCGGCCAAACCCGCUGCUCCCACCAAGGCAGGAGGAGGGAAAGACUCUGCAGAGCCAAGCCGAGCUGCUUCAGCCUCCAGGUCUCAGCCCGCGAGCGACGACUGUGUUGACAGUAAACCUGAAGUUAAGAAGAUCCGGGGAGGAGCUCCUGCCAAGAAGCCUUCCUCCUCCUCCGAGGAACCCGUCCCUCCCCCUCCCUCCAAGGACAAGGACAGUAAUGCUAGUAAAAAGCCCCCCGGCAAAGGGAAGGCUGCUGCUGGCAGUCAACAGGGCGCCGCUGGGAAGAAGCCUCCUGCCAAAGGCGCGAAGGAUGAAGAAGAUAAGUCCGGGCCGAUCUUCGUCCUCAUUCCCAACGCUAAGGAACAGAGGAUCAAAGAAGAGAAGCAGCUGAAGAUUUUGAAGUGGAACUUCAACACCCCUCGGGAUGAAUAUCUGGAGCAGCUGAAAACUCAGAUGUCCACCUGCUUUGCGAAGUGGCUGCAGGACGAGCUUUACCACUUUGACUUCCAGAGACACGUCAAGGCCAUAGGAGUCAUGAUCGAGAGGCUGGAGAGUGAGAGCGACGCCACCAUCAGCUGUCUGGACCUGAUCCUGAAGUGGUUCACGCUGCGCUUCUUUGACACCAACACCACGGUGCUGAUGAAGGUGCUGGAGUAUCUGAAGCUGUUGUUUGUCAUGUUGAAAGAAGAGGACUACCACCUGACUGAGUACGAGGCCAACUCCUUCAUCCCCUACCUGAUCCUCAAGGUUGGAGAGUCAAAGGACGUGGUUCGCAAAGACGUGCGGAUCAUACUGACCAUGCUGUGUAAAGUCUACCCAGCAUCCAAGAUCUUCCCUCUCCUCAUGGAUGGGACUAAGUCCAAGAACUCCAAACAGAGAGCUGAAUGCCUGGAGGAGCUGGGCUGUUUGAUAGAGGGCUACGGGAUGAAUGUAUGCCAGCCGGUUCCAGCCAAGUCUAUGAAGGAGAUCGCUGUUCACAUCGGUGACAGAGACACGUCCGUCCGCAAUGCCGCCCUGAACACUGUGGUGGCCGUCUACAACGCCUGUGGGGAGCAGGUUUACAAACUGAUUGGAAAUUUGUCGGAGAAAGACAUGAGCAUGCUGGAGGAGAGAAUCAAGCGUUCAGCCAAGAAGGCCGCCGCAGCUCCUGCCAAGCCGAGUGUGGUGGAGAGAACUCAGAAGGAGCACCCGACGAACCCCAACGCCACCUUCCUCCGAAAGCCGGCACAGGAAGAGCCCAACAAGCUCAACCAAGCCCGUCAGAACAACCAGCACAGCGAGUCCUCCCACCCCUCCAUCCCCAGGGAGUUCCAGUUGGACCUGGACAUGAUCGAGAGGGACCAGAGCAGAGUGUGUGAGAUGCCGGACCUCGUCCAGCACAACAUGGAAGAGCUGCUGGAGCCGAUGAUGAUCCCCGAGCCCAAGAUCCAUUCUGUCUCUCCACACUAUGAUGAACUCCACAACAGCACGGCCUCCACCAUCAACUUUGUCAUCUCUCAGGUGGCCAGCGGGGACAUUAACACCAGUAUACAGGCCCUGGCACAGAUUGACGAGGUGCUGCGACAGGAGGACAAAGCCGAGGUCAUGUCGGGACACAUCGACCAGUUCCUCAUCGCUACCUUCAUGCAGCUGAGGCUCAUCAACAGCACGCACAUGGCCGACGAGCGGCUGGACAAGAGGGACAUCAUCAAACUGUACAGCUGCAUCAUAGGAAACAUGCUGUCUUUGUUCUCGAUGGAUUUCCUGGCCAGGGAGGCGUCGAUGGGCGUGUUGAAGGACCUGAUGCACGGUGUGAUCACGCUGAUGCUGGACAGCAGGGUGGAGGACAUGGAGGACGGACAGCAGCUCAUCAGAUCCACCAACCUGCUGGUGAUCAGAGUGCUGGAGAAGUCUCACCAGACCAAUAUGAUCAGCGCUCUGCUGGUUUUGCUUCAGGACAGUCUGGUCACCACAGCCGGUCCUCCCAAGUUCUCUGAACUGGUCAUGAAGUGUCUGUGGAGGAUGACGCGCCAGCUCCCAGAGACCAUCGACCGCAUCAACCUGGACCGGAUCUUACUGGAUGUCCACAACUUCAUGAAGGUGUUUCCCAAAGAGAAGCUCAAGCAGCUGAAGAACGACGUCCCACACAGAACCCUGAAGACGCUGCUACACACACUCUGCAAGCUCACUGGGCCCAAGAUCCUGGACCACCUAUCGAUGAUAGAGAAUCGUAAUGAGUCGGAGCUGGAGGCCCAUCUGAGGCUGGUGGUCAAACAUCCUGGGAACCUGUCGGGACUCAAGAGCGACCGAGGCAACGAGAAGGGCGGCCUGCGCACGGACGAUCGAAUGUCGAAGGCGAAGGUCAGUGACAUUCUGUCUGAGAUCUUCAAGAAGAUCGGCUCCAAGGAAAAUACUAAAGAGGGUUUGACCGAGUUGUACGAGUACAAACAGAAAUACUCGGACGCCGACCUGGAGCCCUUCCUGAAAAACACGUCCCAGUUCUUCCAGAGCUACGUGGAGAGAGGCCUCCGCAUGAUCGAGUCCGAACGAGAAGGCAAGUCACAGAUCCACAGCUCUGCAGUGAUCCCUCAGCACGGCGUGGACUCCAGUCUGACCAGUAACAACGAAGAACUGAAACCAGCUGUUUACUACGAGAGGCUGAAGAUCCUCAGACAGAGACAAGGGCUGGAAAACACCUCCAGGCAGGGAGGCGGAGUCGAGGACGAGCCUCAGCAGCGACCUCCCAUCUCCUCGCUGCUGUCGUCCAAGCCGUCCGUGGCGUCCUCCACCGACAUGCUGCACAGCAAGCUGUCCCAGCUCAAAGAGUCCAGAGAGAUGUACCAGCAGGAACACAACGCACACUCCAACUCCCCGUCGCACACGCACACGCGCUCGGCCUCGCCGGCGGCCAACCUGGACGACCUCAAGAAACGUCUGGAGCGGAUAAAGAGCAACCGGCAGUGAGGAGCGCCGCCUCGUGGAGUGGAGCUGGUGGUAGAACACACAUCCUCCUCCUCCUCCUCCUCUUCCUCCCUCUGUGUUCACAUUCUCAUGCUGGUAGAAAACACUUGGAGACAAACGCCCCAGAAAUCUGUCACAAAAACAAACGCACCCUCGAAUUAGAUCCUGACUCUGCCCACUGUGCCUGUAUGUCAUUACAAAUCAAACGCACCCUCAUCUGAUUGUGGACGAGCACUUUCAGAUUGAACGUCUACACACACACACACACACACACACACACACACACACACACACAGACUCACACUGCAGAAAACUAUCCAAGUGUUUUUAGAUACAAUUCCGAUGUAUUCAAGUGUUUUAUUUAUCAUUGUUUUAGCUGUUAACCAUCAGGACUGAGUCUCGUCCUUCACCUUCUUCUCUCCUGUCGACACCUAAACAACCACAUAGUGAACUACCCCCCCCCCCCCGUUUUAGUAUCACGACACAGAGCGUUUGUACAUAAUUAAAAGGUCGUUAACCACUUAACUGUUGAUGAACCGCUUCACUCGUGGUUACAGGUUCAAACAAACCAAUGUGAAGGAACGUUCCUUCUUCCUGUUUGAACGUGACGCUUCACUUUGCUGAAGUCCGACUUGUAGCUGUGUCCAUGCAGCGCGGGGCCGCCCCCUAGUGGCUGAACCCUCAACCCUCCUGCACGGUCAAUGUGAUUUCAGCUGAAGGUUUGAAAUCAUGUCGGAAAGAUCACGUUUCCUUUUGGUUUGCGUCAGUGAAGAGAAAUAUCCGAACUCAAAAAAUGUCUCUUACAAAACAGCACACAGGGAAAACAGAGCUGGAAGCUCCAGCACUUCAUUGAAAUCAACUCAAGUGUCAGAUUUUUAUCCUUUUCAGUCCCAGUUAAUGAUCUUUAUACAGAAACGAGGCCUCUGAGUGACAGGGUCCAGAGCUGAGCAGGUUCUAACGCCUCCUGUCGAUGUCGAGGGAGAAUCUUUGUUAGGAGACCGGUCCAGUUUGUCUCUGAGCAGAACGUCGUGGUCUUCUCGUGAAGCUGAAUGUGUAAAGUCGCUGGUUUGAGGUUUUCCUUCCUUCAGAGGAAAAGAUUCUCCUCCGGGAUCGACGGCUGCGUGUGGUCGAGAUUUAAAACCUGAAGACUUUCACUGGUUCGUUCAGGAAGACGUUUGACUGUAAAUACUGUACGUAUCGUCCUCAUUAACCCCCCCCCCCUCCCCCCCGCCCUCCGUUAUUUAACAUGGAACAGGACUGUAGAGCCAACAUGGCCGUCACUGUAAAGCUCAUCAACCAAACGUGUCAGCGGCUCUCGGUCCAUCUGAAGGAACCUCACUCUGUGUUUAAGGAGCAUGGCAUGAAGGCAGUUUUUAAUUUUCUCAUGUAAAUAAAGUUUGCAUUAACAAAGCUGCUGUUUUAAUUCAGUCAUUGUUUUAUUCUGAUGACGGCGUCUCCGUUGAGAAAAGGAAAAACAUAAAUAACAUUGUUUUUGUAUUUAAUUCUCAGUUCUCGUCUUUCAUUGUUGCUCUCAGCUUUCCUUGUAUAAUCCAUAGUGGAAAACGGCAAUAAAGUCUUGUUUUUUUUAACAAUC